AUGUCUGCGAAUCGUGACGCGAGCGUCGUUGUCGUGCACAGGCCGCAGCGAGCGCCCUCUAGCGGUGUGCCCGUGGCGUACAGCGUCGAGGUGGUGCCGAGCGCGACGGAGCCCGGCUGGGAGGAGGUGAACGUUGUCGGCGUGACGGCGCGGCCGACGCACGCGGCCUACGCCACGCUCGCGUCGCGCGUGCAGAGCUACGAGACGUGGCCACACGAGACACGCGAGCAGCAGCCGCAGCAGCUCGCCGAGGCUGGCUUCUUCUACGCAGGCAUACAGGACAACGUCAAGUGCUUCUUCUGCUCGGGCGGCCUGCGCAACUGGGAGCCGCACGACGACGUGUGGGUGGAGCACGCACGCUGGUUCCCACGCUGCGGAUUCCUGCACAUCUGCAAGGGCGAAGACUUUGUCGCCGCCGUGCAGGCCAAGUACCCGAAGUCGUCGCAGAUGGUAGGCGAGCGGGGAUACGGAGCGCGGCGUUAG